AAAGUUUUGCCGCUGGAUUUUAAAAGGAAUUAAAGUAUUUAACCCCCUCCAAAAAAAGAAAAAAAAAAAAAUCCUUUAUCGGACAUCAGUACAUGCCUUCUUCCGUCACCGAUCGAUUUCGAACGGUUUGACUGCUAAAAUUGCUCGAUUGAAUACCGGAAUUGAAUCCCGGUAGCCGGAACUGCUAACAACGGUAGUAUAUACAAAUGGCGGAUGCGAAUCGACCUGAAAGAGUACAAUCAUUAGCUCAGAAAGGUGAAGCCGUUGUGCCGCCGAUUUACGUGCAGCCGCCGGAGAACAGGCCUCGAACCAACUGCAAUGACUCUAUGCCUCCGGUGCCGACGAUCGACCUGAGCGCACCUACUGAGCUCCUCAUCGGCGAACUGCGGCAGGCGUGCCAAGAGUGGGGAGCUUUUCACGUCGUGAACCACGGCGUCGCUGUUAAAUUGCUGGAUGAUGCUAGGCGCGUCGGCCGUUCUUUCUUCCAUGACUAUCCCAUGGCGGAGAAGGCGAGGUAUUCCUGCGAUCCCAAUUCCCCUGCUUCCGAGGGCUACGGCAGCCGCAUGUUGGUUGCUUCAAACGACACCGUUUUGGACUGGAGGGAUUACUUCGACCAUCACACCCUGCCGCUCUCUCGCCGCAAUCCAUCUCGCUGGCCCCACUUCCCUCCCGAUUAUCGAGAGGUUGUUGCACAGUACAGUGAUUGUAUGAAAGUCCUUGCUCAGAGACUGUUGGGUUUGAUCUCCAAGAGUCUAGACCUGCCAUCUUCUUGCAUUGAAGAUGCAAUUGGGGAAUUUUACCAAAACAUUACUUUUAGUUACUACCCGCCCUGCCCACAACCGGAGCUUACUCUUGGUUUGCAAUCGCAUUCUGACUUGGGUGCUCUUACUCUUCUCAUCCAAGACGAUGUUGGGGGGCUUCAAGUUUUCAAGGAUGGAGAAUGGGUAACUGUGCAUCCAUUAUCCGAUGCUAUACUUGUCAUCUUGGCGGACCAAACUGAGAUAAUAACUAACGGAGAGUACAGAAGCUCUCAACACCGCGCCAUAACUAAUGCUGAACGCCCCCGCUUCUCAAUUGCUACAUUUCAUGACCCUGCAAAGACUAGAAAGAUUUCCCCUGCCCUACAUCCACCAAAAUACCGCGAAGUGAUGCAUGGUGACUAUGUAUCAUCAUGGUACACAAAAGGCCCAGAAGGAAAGCGGAAUAUUGAUGCCCUUCUUCUUUAAUUCGUAAGUAUUAUUAUUCAUAAUGUCCAAAUUCACUAUCCUACAACAUGAAAAAACCAAUCAUCCUCUUGGUUCUUACAGCAGAUUCUGGGAAAAAUGGUCCUUUGAGAGGUAGAGCAACUUCAGUUUACUGUAACUGAAUUAUAUGCAACAUUUAUUCAUCUAUGCUCAAUUGCUUAUGCCCAUACUGUGUUGACACUUGACAGAGUAUUAGUUAUUGACA